AUGGCUUCAUUCGCCCAGCUCCCCGAGGAGCUACGCCGUCUGCUGGAAACAGUAACCGCCCCAUUCGCUUCCACGGCAACAAAAUUCCUCGAAGCGAUUCCCAACCCAGAGCAGCACUUCGCACGUGCCUGCGAGAUUCUAAUCACGCUUACGACGGUCAAUGGACCCGGGGGUGUCAGUGGAGGAGGGCUGUCGGGUGGUGGUGGUGGCGGUGGUGGGGAUUGGAGACCAAUGGAGAAGAAUAUUGGGUUUCGGCUGAAUGCUACCUUCAUGCUGUACUGGCUGUACAAGGAGCAUGAUAUCCAUGUGAAUCCGUUCCGAAGCCACUUUUUGGAGACUUGUGAGGCGGAUAAGGGGAGAUAUGCGGCUGGGGAGAAGGAGAGCGCUGUUGAGAGGUUGAAGAGAGCGAGGUGUAAGAUGCUGUUGGCGAUAUUGGGCGGGGAGGGUAGUAAGCUAUCCGACCUCUCAGCCAAAGACUUUUACCACAACUUCGAACAGCUACGAGUCGGCGAAUCUGCCGACCUACGCACUUUCGCAGACGAAGACGAAUUCCCUCCGAUUUCCGCAUGGGCUCCUCGUCAAGAACAACAUCAACAUCAGCACCAUCAUCAUCAACAGCAGCAGCAACAGAGACAACAAGGUGGAGCGAAUGGAUAUCACGGAAACAGCAGACAAAGAGCCGCAGGGACCCCCUCACCAGCUCCCGUACAAAGAGGACAACCGGUAUUUGCCCAGAACUACCCUCCGAACCAUCCCUCUUCUUCCUCUUCUCCUCUUCCCUAUUCUUCCUCAAUUAGUAGUAGUGCCAACCGCAACCCCCAUACAGCAGCAGCAUUCGCAGAGGAAACCACCGCCGUACCGAAUGCUAUCUUAGCAAGAACAACAACAGCAGCAGCAGCAGCAGCAGCAGCAGAAGAUGUGUCGGUAGUUGAAGAUGCCCUCACAAGCGCCCAUAUCCGCAAUUUAAACGCCAGCGAGAGAAACAUGCUCCGCGCGAACAUUGAGACAGCAGCGAAAGUGUAUAAAGCCGAGGAUCCGGAGGCGUACCGAAGGAUGUUGGAUUUGAAUUUCGACAUCUUACAGUUGCUGACGGUGGAAAUAUUGAAGAACAAUAAUAAUAACGACCCACAACAACAACAAAAACAGCAACGAUUGCAACAGCAGGGGGGAAACAGUGUCAGCAAGAAGAAUAGCAGCGGUGGUGGUAGUAGUGGCGGUAGUAGGCAGUUACUACUAGACACCAUACUUCCAAGGUUAAACCUCGAAUUACGUUCCCUCGAUCUAAUAAACAACCUCGUCUACCGGCCAGCAAAGGAUGAACCACAAAAACACCCACCAAACACGUCCACCUUCGCCACUUCCCAGAACGAUUACACAAAACACCCCCCAAUCCUUACCGUAGAAGAACGAACUCGCCUUCUCCACGUGUUCACCUCGAACUGUAUCCGCCAAUUAGAAGUUUCCCCCUAUGGCGACAGCAUCGACGGGAUCCCUGCCAAUACAGCUCGCCGAACAAACCGGGGGCCAGAUGUGGGACGUAAAGUCAAGCUUGUUUGUAUGUUUAUUACUAAUCUUCUGACCAGGGAGAUUGUAAGUUCGCAGGAGAUGUAUUAUGAGAUGCAAGAUUUAUACAUGGGGUUUACGAAUUUUAAGGAGGCGAAGGAGUUGUGGACUAAUGCUACGGGUGGGAGAGGGGUUGGGGUUGGGAUUAUGGGAGUGUGA